AUGGCAGCCGGCACCAUCCUCUGCCCGCUCCGGGGUGGUUUAAAGAUAGCGAACCUAUUCAUUGAUGCCCUUACAAACGCCGACAGGGCAGGUGAGCUUCCUGCAUGGCUUGUUGCGGCGGGGUUGGCUGGAGGCCUUGGGCCGGGCUGCGGUGUCCGAGCUGCCCGUCUGAGAGCCCAGAGGGCCCUGGGGCCGCUCCUGGAGACUCCGCCAGCCUUUGGGUUCUUUUUGCACGCACUCGGAACUUUGCCCUGGAGGCGGAGCUGGGGCCGAAGCUUCCACUGGGCCUGCUCGGAGGAGCUGGGAACGGGAGCUCCCACCGGUGGUACCGGGAGUUGCCCCACGGAGCCGCUUCCUGGUCCCUGCCUGCGAGGACGGACGCCUGGGUCAAAGCAGGAUGUUUCGCUGCUGGUGCUUCAUCUUCAGCCAGAGGAAUACGGUCGUGCUGGGCUCCAGGUCGCCCUCAGCACAGUGUGCGUUGCCAGCGGGUUCACGGGUGGCAUUUUCAGGAUGGAGUCUCAGCUGGGCAAAACCAGAGCUCCCAUGUGGGCAGGGAUGGUGAUGGGAGUCCCAGGCGUCCUGGCUUCGUUUUCCUCACACAGGAAGAAUCCAGUUCUGGUGAAUGUGCUGAUAGUUGCUUCUCUGCUCUCUUGUGUUGCCAUCCUCAUUUUAUAUAGUUCCCUCACACUGAACUAUGGUGAAGAGGAGGAGCUGCGCUCUGCCCCAGUCUGUGUAUUCCAUACAAAGUUUGUACUUAAUGAAGUAGUCAAGGGUGCUAACAUAGCCAUGCUAGCUGCAUCCAUCAGCAGCACGUUUGCUGUGCUGGUGAUGGCUUCCCUGGGGUGGAGCCUUCCGUGCUGUCCCUGCUAUGACAGCAUCACUGGGAUGGAAUGGUUGCAUCCUAGUGAGGACCAAAGUCAGGCUGUGGAAAUGGUUUGUGCUGUACAAAGUCUUGGAGGCAAAAGUUUUAACUUCCCAGAUCGGUUUCCAUCCCAGGACUUGGAUGCAGAGGAAGACUCAUCCAAACCCUCACCGUAUAUCAGGAUGGCUUGA